AUGAGCAUUGAUGGAAGUGAAGGGGACGAUAGCAGUGGCGGCGGAAGCUCAAAUGGCUCUGGCGGCGGCGGCGAUGACGAUGACGACGACGACGACGACAAGUCCACCACCACCACCACCAGCGGCAGUACUACCAGUACUGAAGUCGCCGACGUGACCAUGGGUGGAGCAGGUACCACGGCAUAUUUCGACGCCCCGCCCACGACAGCGAGCACGAAUGCGGCCACUCAAACCUCCAUCGAUUCAUAUCUGGGCUCGAUGUUCCGCUCGCUGUACAGCAGCAAUGUCGCCUCCAGCACCUCCACCAUGACGGGCACUGCUGCCACGGCGACCACCACCGAGCCGCUCUGCGUGGAGGAGCAGGAUCCCGACAGCGGCUCGGACGAGACCUACUGCUCCUGCAACGGCGGCAGCGGCAGCUAUCCCACCCUUACCCCCGGCACCAAUCCAUGCGGCUACACCACGCUGCCGACGCGCACGACCACCAAUUCAUACCCGUAUACCUUCACCGACCCGGACGGCGACAUCAUCGCCUGCACGACGGAGGGGUACCUCGGCACAAUCGCCUAUUGCUCGGGCUCGCGCACCACCCGCCAGCGCCAGCGCCACCUCGACGAUUUCUGCGACGACACGGCCUACGCCGCCACCAACACAGACACCGACAAGGCGCUGACCACCUCCCUGAGCACCAGCUUCACGUUUGCCGAGUGGUCCGUGUGCGGCGUCUCCGGGGGAUACAGCUGCACCGAGACCGCCAGCAGCUCGGGCGUGUGGGACUGCACCGACGCCAACGGCGGGAAUGCCGCGCAGUGCACCAAGGCGGCGGACAGCUCCAGCCCCUAUGUCACCUGUAAAAAGAACAGUUCGGGCGACGGCGAGAACACCUAUGGCUACCUCCUGGCCAACUGCACACCGGGGGGGGGGAGUCCGUGGACCCUGCAGUGCAGCGCAGCGCAGGGUCAGGGGUCACGCCGGCGGUGA